GAGGAGGAGGAAGGGAAGCGAUGGCUCACAGCUAACCACAUCCGCGCCGGAUCGGCUCCGAAAUAGUGGCGCUUCUUUAGGCCGCCUUCCUGCCUUCCCCCUCCAUUUUGAAGACGCGGCGCGCCCGGGCUCCUUCGCCCGUCGGGAAUCGCGCCCGCCCUGAUGGCGUUCAGCGCGUCCUCUUGGCAGAUCCUGUCGCCCGUGCAGUGGGCCAAAUGGACGUGGUCUGCGGUGCGAGGCGGCAGCCCGGGCUCCGAGCAGGGCGGCACCAUCGCUGGGGGAGACGGGGAGGUUCAAGCGAUGGUGCCCGGGCAGCUGGAGGACGACGGCGACGAAGACGAGGACGCACAGGCGGAGACGAAGUCGUUGAGCCUCAGUUCGGAUUCGGAAUGCAAUUUUGAAACUCCCGAGGCAGAGACCCCCAUCCACUCAUUGGGGAAGGAGCUGGCGGACCUGUCCCUGCAGCUGCUGGAACCUGAGGCAGAGCCCCAAGCAUCACGUGAAGAGGAUGUGCGCUUGGUAGCCCAAGAGUUGGAGGACGACUUGCGCCAGAAGGAUGAAUUUGGGGCAGAUUCGGCCGUCUUGCAAACCAACGAACCGUUUUCAUCAGCUGCUGACCUUGAGCUUGGCAAAGGCUCAUCCAUGACUCCUUCUGCUCCAGGGACAGAGCUGUCCACGGGGCGGCCCAUUGCCGUUGUGGAGGAAAGCCCUGCUCCAGCGAGGUCGGAUCCAGACCGAACUUCAGCAAGUGCUGUGCCCUCAGGGACUCAAGAAGAGCAACAUGAGACAUCCCAGGAAAGCAAGGAGGUCCCCGCUGAAGGGCCUACAGAAUCCAAGCCAAAUGGCGAGACGCUUGUGAUUAGCAAAAGCAAGCUCCCCCGAGCAAAACCAGCUGUCCUCCAGAAGAAAAUGGGAAGAGAGAAUCCAGAGGCUGAAGCGGCCACGGAAAGCAUCCCUGUCCCCAAGGCCUCCUACUGCUUUGACCUGGAGGAGUACAGUGAAGACGCAAACCCCUUUGUGAUGGGAGGCUCCAAACUCCAAAACUCUCCCCCUGCGUCCCAGCAAGGCUUUGACCUCCCAAACAGUGAGAUAAAGGUGUGCGGGACGGGAGUGGUUGGCGAGCCGAAAAGCCGGGCCGUGAAAUUAGAAUUCGAUUUCGCAGAAGGGGUGGAAAACCCUGAGCCCAAGAAAGCCCCGUCGAGGAAAACCGGAAGGAAAGCGGCCAGUAAAUUGUCUCCCAAGAGGCAAAGGGGCAGUACCAACCAUCCCGUUGUGGGCACUGAGGUUGGUGAGAAGAUGCUCGCUGUGGAGAUGCCCGAAGCGCCCGCCCCCACGGCCUCCCACCCAAUGAAGGCCGACCAGUGGGAUGACCCCAACUUCAACCCCUUUGCAGCGAGCUCAGAUUUGCAGAGUUCCCCGACUCUUCCGAAAGGUUCCUAUAACCUUGACGUGGCUGACCCAUUCAAGCCCACCAAGACGUUGGUGGGCACGGGAGUGGACUCCUGCCCCUCUGCAGAGAACAGUCUCAAUGAGAUCUUGGAGCUACAGACGCUGGAGGCCGUAGGGGAUGAACUGAAGAAUGGCUCGACCUCUCCAAAGAAAGCCAGGUCGCGUUUGAUAACGACUACUGAACAAGUGAAAUUUCUCUGUUUUCUGUUGAGCGGCUGCAAGGCGAAGAAAUAUGAAACACAGUCCCUGAUUCUGGAUGUUUGCUCUCAGGGUGAAGACGAAGCGGCCCUCAUCUCCAGAAUCCCAGAGCUUUCCAACCGGGAUGGGCAUGCCACCGAUGAAGAAAAACUGGCUUCCACGUCGUCCGGUCCGAAGCCAGCCGAGUCGGAGGUGAAAGGUGAGCCUGAGGAAGACCUGGAGUACUUUGAGUGUUCCAAUGUUCCCGUGUCUGCCAUAAAUCAUACGUUGUCAUCCCCAGGAGAAGGUUCUGAGAAGGACCCGCCAUGCAGUCUGGCUGAGAGGAGCAACCCCAGCGAUGUCUUGGGCCAAUCCGAACCGUGUUCUGUGGAGAAGUCCCCUGGAGCUGGGACGAGAGGAGGUGCUGAAAGCCCUCUGGAUGCCAUUUGCCUCAGUGAAUCUGAUAAGAUGGCGGUUCUGACUCUGAUCAGAGAAGAGAUCAUCUCUAAAGAGAUUGAAGCAAACGAAUGGAAGCGGAAAUAUGAAGGGAGCCGGCAAGAGGUUUUGGAAAUGAGGAAAAUUGUGGCUGAAUACGAGAAGACGAUCGCUCAGAUGAUAGAGGAUGAACAGAGGACAAACAUGGCUUCCCAGAAGAGCCUCCAGCAGCUCACGAUGGAGAAAGAACAGGCGCUGUCCGACCUGAAUUCAGUGGAGAGGUCCCUGUCUGACCUGUUCAGGAGAUACGAGAACCUGAAGGGGGUCCUGGAAGGCUUUAAGAAGAAUGAAGAAGCGUUGAAGAAGUGCGCUCAGGAUUAUCUCAACCGGGUCAAACAAGAGGAGCAGCGGUACCAGGCCUUGAAAAUCCAUGCUGAAGAAAAGUUAGACAAAGCCAAUGAAGAAAUUGCUCAGGUCCGUAAUAAGGCCAAAGCUGAGAGUGCAGCUCUCCACGCCGGGCUCCGGAAAGAACAAAUGAAGGUGGACUCUCUAGAGAGGGCUCUCCAGCAAAAGAACCAGGAAAUUGAAGAGCUGACUAAGAUUUGUGAUGAACUGAUUGCCAAGCUAGGAAAGACUGACUGACCCGUUCUCCAUUGUCCAGAGCACCCGUGCUCGGCUGCUUCCUGUUAUCUGUCUGCAUCUUCAAGCAAGCGCCUCGCCUUAUUUUCCAGAAAAAAUAUCCCCCUUGCAGCAGAGAGAAAAGCACAUGCCCUUAGCUUCUGCACUAAGCAGCCACCAUCUGCAAGAGGAGUGACCAAAGGGCCCUGUGCUCUGCUCUAUACCAACCAAGGUCUCCCUGGCUACAUUUCUGCUGUCCGCUAUUCUCAGACGGUUCUGACUUUAAUGAGCCCAACUGCUAUAUGCAGGGUGUAUUUUAGAGAUACAGUUGAGAAGAGCCACUCCGCUCUGUGGCUGGGAUGAGGCUCCGGCCCAUGUUAGGUGCUGGAUGGGUGCCUUGAGGAACAGUCAUCUGCAGAAAUGGGUUGCUGAAAAGAACUGCAGUUUCAUGGUGGGGGGAGGGACCAGUUGGAGGUGCAGCUUUACCUGAACAGGUGCUCCAUUGUCUGCAGUUGGCAUGGCAAAGGCACACGUGGAGCAUGGACUAGGUUGUAUCCGAGGGCACAAGGAACGAGGCCAGGGCAAACGCAACUGUUUUGUGACCCGGGGUGAUGCUCAGAUUGGUUCUCCAAGGGUGGAUCACAUGUAGAAUCAAGAUUAAGGUUUAUCGGAUUCUGGGAGAGUUAGGUCUUUAUGAGCCAUGAUUGGCAAUGAAGAAAGGAAGUACCUGCCCGUCUCUUGUCAGUCUGGAUAACAGUCUUGUGGCACCAUGAAGUGUAACUGUUUUAUUAUGUCAUAAGCUUUGGCGGACUAGAAGGUUUCUGCCACAAUAAAUCAUCCUGUGGCUAAACGAUUUAUGGUGGCAUAGGCAUUCUCGUUCACAAAAGCUGGUGGUGACCAAAACAUUAGCCUUUAAGGUGCCACCAGGCCCUUUAUGUUGGCUGUGAUAGAUUAAUGAGGCUCCUUUGCUAGAAUUUGACUCUCACUUAGUGCACUUUAAUGCCACAGCAUGAGAACAGCAUCAAUCCCUGAGAGCACGAGCACGGAUUUCCCAGCGCGCACCUUCAACGCAGAGCCUCUUGAAGUAUUAAGAGCAGCUGUUCAGACGUUAAAAAAAUAUGCAAGGAAAACCCUCUCCCCAUUAAUACGAUCCAAAUAUGCUGCUGUCAUCUCCUUGGAAAUUCGCUGAAGAGGAUGAAAAACAACCGUCUAUGUGCAGAGUUAUGCCAUCCUAAAGUACGUUCCCUCCGUCCACUUCCCGAGUUCCCAGAGAACCUGGAAUAAUUUCAUACCUAAAGCGUAUUACAAAGAAAUCACCCCCUUACACACACACACACACACGAGAGAGAGUAACUUAAAUUCAUAUUUGAUUUAUCUGGGAAAUAAAUGCUGCGUAAUUUUAAGAGAUAGAGCUGUACCUGCCUGCCCAGAAAACGGCUUCAGCCGGACUCUUGCUUUCCAGCGUUUGUCGUAAAGUCCCUUUGCAUUUUCCCCUUUAGUUGGUCCACUGAAGAACCAUUGAAGCACUUUGAUUAGUCCACCAUGGGAAAUUCCUCAAGGGUUAUCGAUGUUUUAACAUGUCUCUAGGCUUUUCUUGUACCGUUGAGGUCUUGCAUAUUCUGACUGUAUUCAGGUAUUGGUGUUUUGAAACCUGUUUGCACUGUGGAGUUUUCUCCCUGCCCUGCAGAGUCCAGGCUUGCUGUCAGCAUAUUUUGAGUCCUUCUAACGGCCAGAGUGAAAUUGAUGCUCCAAAGCCAUGUGCCUAUGCUCCUUGUGUUAGUAUUUGUAGUGUGGUUCAUCUGCUGCUAUUCUGCCUGUUCUAAAUUUCACACGCCGUCUUCCUUAGAAUCUGCAUUCCUCAGAACCUCGGUUGCGAUGUGGUUUAUUUUUCAUUUUAAAACAAAGUCCUAGCCUUCGUAGUUAGGGGAAAUGUAUCUGGAAAAGUGCGGACUGCCUCUC